AGGCUUCUUGACGUGUGAUCUGGACUGUUUUGAUGCAGUGGCAGAAAUGUUAGAAGAUACGUUUAGCCAUAAAAACCAACGCAGGUGACGUUUUUUUUAUAUGUUGGUGUUUUUUGCUGGGACGGAUCUGUGUGCCGGGGAAUCGACAUCGCUUUGUUUGUGGAGGAGUUUGUUCACGAGGCCCCCGCAUGCUACUGUUUUAGCCACCACCAUCUGGCAUGGCGUGAAUUCCGCAAACCCGAGGAGCCAAUGUCAAGAAUCCGUCGAGCGAGCUGACAUGAUAUUUUAAUACUGUCUCCCGGUUAUUAUUAGCUAUGAACGCAACGCUGCCGAGUUUAGUGGCUUUGGUGUGUUUUUUCUCCGGUCCGUUCAGAUAAACUUCCAGGGAGUCCACUGCUGCAGGUCGGGACGAGUGGAAAUGGACGCUCCUGUCCCAUCACCCCAGACAGAGUGGUCGCAGUAACCCCCAUCCACAGCCAGACCCCCCAAACCGUGGCGUUCUUUGUCUUCUAUGACACACCCAAUUUAUGCCCAACUAGAUUCGGUGGAAUCGCUCCUGGACGAACUUCCAUAUAUGUUUUAUCUGGGCCUGUUCUUUGUGAACGUCCUGAUCCUCUACUAUGCGUUUCUGAUGGAGUACAUAGUCCUGAAUGUGGGGAUAGUGUUUCUGCCUGAGGACAUGGACCAGGCGCUGGUGGAUCUCGGGGUGCUGUCCGACCCGGCCUCGGUUCCUUAUGACACAGACACGGAGCUGGACGUGUUUGAGGGAUAUCUGGAGUGAAAGAAUCACUUUGAAGACUCCUCUGUCAACGAUGGAGCAAAGAAUUCACUCUAAAUGGAUAUUAGCGCAGCCCCUCUCUCACAGAGACUUGACAAUCAAAAGGCUGUCUCGACUCAAAGAGAGGUAGCUGGAGGAUAAUCUUCAGCACCACUGGCCAUUCAAACAAUGGCUCCUCCAUGGGAAGAGAAUUUGCACUAUUUAAGCUGUGACUCUGCUGGCAGUUUCCUGUGAUGGACAAUGGAAGAUAAAAACUAAGCACAAUGUGCUGCAGGUGCAGAGAGACAGCUGCUCUCUUCAAAUGAAAAAUGAAUGUCAUCAGAGCUGUGGACCAUGCUUCACCCCCCCCCCCCCCCCCCCCCCCCCCCCCCCUUGUGUUUCAGUGUUUGUCUUGAGAUAGAAACAAGCCAGGAUUUGAAAUCGAACCGUUACAGAUGUUGCAUGAUUUGGAUACUUUCAUGAGGAAAUGACUUGAUAUUUGCCACUUCAGUUUAAGUUAUGACAUCCUUGGAGUGAGACUUCUCAAAGGACUGGGAUGCAGAAAAAAAAAAGUCUACUGUAGGCAUGUUGCAUAGCUAAUUCAACUAUUUUAACAUUUCGUUUUAAUUUGUGAAAAGAGGAUUCAUCGCUGCUUUGGCGUGAUUCAAAGAAGAGUGUCUUCCGGGGUAAUCCAUACUGUAAAAAUGUUCAGGGAUGCAUUACUCUCUCAGGAGCUCGGUUAGAAACUGGGUGCACUUGCAAAAUGUAACAUUGAGACUGGACACAGGCUGUGAUGCUGUCAGAUGUAGAAGAACCCUGAGUUUUUCACUUCAUAGAUCAGGAACACACCAGAGAAUGGUUUUCACAUUCUUCAUUGUCACAGCAAAAAAAAAAAAAGUAUUGAGUCAUCUAGUAAACUUUGGUUCUUUGAUCCUGAUUGUUCAUCUAGCCUGUCAGUAAUUUCGGUUUAUGUACAUUUUUAUCGUGUAAAACAAAACAACAUGUUAGUUACAGCCAAAUGUCUCAAGGUUCAGAAGUAGUGCCCUGUAUUUUAACGUUUUCAACAUCAUCCUCUAUUUGUUGCACGCUUUUUAUGAUUGCAAGAGACUCAAUGCAUGACAAUAGUUGUUUUUUAAAAGGGUUUUUAGUUAUAAAAAGUCAGUUUUAUUGUAUUUUGUUUUGUUUUCCAUUGAUAUUAAUUUAGAAUUCCUCUCAUGAAGUUCUGAACAGCAAUAACUAACUGGAUAAUAAAAGCUGUGAGGUUAUUUAGGUUUUACAAAUCGGAUCAUUCACAUGUUAAGAAACCUUCCUUUUAUCAUUAUUUUUUUUAAUUCAUGAUUUUGGAGCCUGGAAAGAAAAAAAAAGUAUUUUUCAAUGAUAUGUGUGCAUUUGUCAAACUGAGCAAACUGUGCAUUAAUGCAAACACAGAUAUUGUGACUGUCAACCAAAAAUAACUGAAGCAACAAAAAGUUAGCAUUUUAUACUCCAACUCAGUUUUAUUGCCUGACUGAUGGAGCGUUACAUUCUACAGGAGCCUUUCACCCACAUGUUUCUGCUGUACGGAACUGACUAUUUACACUGCAUCUAGUUAGCUUUAAUGAUACACUGAAUAUUAUUAUGCUGUAAUAUUAUACUCAGUGACAUUAUAUAGUCAACUCAAAAGAAAAGUCUUGAUGAAAUCUAAGAAAAAGAAUGUAAGUAAAUAAAUCCCACCUUGUAGCAAAUCCCCCUUUUUCAAGAGAUUUUAUUUGAGUUCAAUUAGGAGUGAUGGUUGGUAGCUGAUGCCAAAUUAAUUCUUAUGUCUUUUUUCUAUGAAGGUUGUCACUGAGCAAUAUUACAUAACUUGAAUUUGUAAAAACCAGUACUUCAUUUAAUAUAUGUAGGAAAACCAUUGAAGUGACAGGUUCUUAAAGCUCAGGCUCUUACUUUUCAUCAGAUCUGUCAAAAGAUACUGUUUGUCAUACAAAAGACGGUCUUCCUCCAGAUGAAAUGUAAAAACAUAUUUGAUACACUACUGUGACCGAGCCUGAUCCUCACAAUGGAAAUGAGCAGUGUUCUCAAAAUACCCAGCGCUUGUCAUUCCUCCUCACCUGCCUCUCUGCGGACACACACAUAUUCUAAUAAGCUACGGAGCGCAAUAAAGUUUAUUUUCCAAUGUGUAUGUAAUAAACUUCAAGUGAACACCAUG